GGCCCCGGCUCUCAUUCUGUAGUGGGCGGCUGUUCUCAAUCGAGCUAGUCCAUCUUCCGGUGUCUCACGGUAAUCUCUUCGGGUUGGUUCGGUCCCGGGGAUCGUCCCGUGGCCCACCAGUGCCGGCCUCCCGCCCGCCACCCACCGUCAUCGGCCGCGGAUGUCCGUGGGGAAGUUCCGGUGAUUAGGUCCUGCUGUGCCUGGCCAGCGGGCCAAGACGGGCCAUGCCUUGCUAUGCCUUGCUGCUGGAUCUGCUGUCAUCCCACGACGCCCAGGCAACACAUGGACGACACGUGGGGGAGAGCAAUUGCCCGCCCGCAGGGACGCACUUGGCCGUCAUGUCCAACAACCAGCCAACCAACCAACAACACCCCGCGCCAAACAAGCAUGGGCUGCAACCGACUAUCUCCCGGCCGGCCCGAGCAGUGCACCGGUGUAACGAGCCCCGUCUCCUGUGUCUUGGUAUCUCUCCACCUGGCCUGGACACGGGACCUUGGCAUGCGAACAUGCAAUCCCAGACCGCCCAAACGCCAUGGGUGGUGCAUCAGCUGGCAAGGUGGUUUGCCAUGCAUGCCACAAUCCGGGGGUCCGAACCUGCUCACCUCGCUCAGUUCAAUGGACUGAAGGCGAAACCGCUUCGCCUCGCUCGUUUGGAGCCUGGCCGAGAUAUAAACCCCCCGUCGACCGGACCAGACCCUGCGAUGUAGACCCGCCUUCAUAUUCCCAGAAUCACAACCAUCCCUAGGAACAGCUAUUCCACCGUGACAGCCAGCGGCAUACACUCUCCGACCUCACGAGCCAACCUUUCUCGCUCUCUCACCAACCAAAACCGCCACGUAGCUACAGGACCAGAACGCUCAAAAUGGUGAACGGAAACAUUACCUUUGACGACUACCUCGGCCUCACCACCUGCCUGGUCGAGUGGGCCGACAGCUACGACACAAAGGACUGGGAGCGCCUCUCCAAAUGCAUCGCCCCGACUCUUCGUAUCGACUACCGCUCCUUCCUCGACAAGCUCUGGCCCGCCAUGCCCGCCGCCGAGUUCCUCGAGAUGAUCUCGUCGCCCCAGGUCCUCGGCGACCCGCU